GACGGUUAUAUUAAUCUGAACAAAACAAAAGCCAGUAAAAGGGUUGAAGAAAACAAGACAGAAAAAGAAAAAAAAGAAGAUCAAAAAAAAAUGGUAAAAAAAGAGACACAAAAAAGUCAAAAAUUAAAAGAGAUGCAAAUUUUUUCAACUGACGACGAUAAAUUGCCAGACAUUAUUCCUUCCGUCAAAAAAACAAAACUCAGAUUACCACAAAAAUUUGAAAAAAAAGAAAAGUGCGGCAAAAACGAAAAUUUUAUUCAAAAAAUUGCAAGUAGUAUCCAUCCCCCACCUUCUGAUUCAGCAGAACACAUAAACCCAAAGACACAAAAAAUGCCAGUCAGAUUUCUGAGAUUCGAAAAAAUCUCAAAAGAGACAUCUGAGAAAGGUGAUCGUCGCAAAAACGAAAGUGAAAGCCAAAUCGAAGCGCGACGAAAAAGUGAGAGAGAACGUUCCCGAACAAAAAGGCAGAACGAGACAGAGGAGGAACGUUUAAAAAGACGAGAAAACGAGCGCCAACGAAUGCGUGAAAAACGUCGAAACCUUCCAGAAGAUGAAAAAAAGAAGCGGAGGGAACAAAUGAAAGAGAGGAUGAGAUUGCGGCGGCAGAACGAGACCGAAGAAGUGAAGGAAAAACGGAGGAAAAGCCAACGUGACCAUUUAAGAGAAAAACGAAGAAACGAGACCAUCGAAGAAAAAAUCAAACGACGCGAAGCACAACGCCUUCACGUCAAAGAGAAACGAGAAAAUGAAACCGAAGAACAAAAGAAACUCAGAAGAGACAAAGACAAUUUGCGACGCCGAAAUGCUCGAAAAACAAAAGAGAAAAAAGAGAAGGUAGAAAGUAAAGAACAGAAAGAAGAGAAGGCUGUUGUCGAGAAAAGUCUCGAAGAGAAAAUCGAUGACGCGGAGAGGAAACUCAUUCAGGAAAUUGUUAAUGAGAAAGAUGAAAAGGUAGUUAAGAGUAAAAGCGAAGAAAUGGACGACGAGAAAACGGAAGAGGCAAUGGAGAAAGAGAAGAAAUAA